CAACUGCACCUUCCACAUGGAUGAGCAUCUUGACUAUCUUCAAGUCUAGCUGGCUGAACCUGUUACUUGUCUUCAUUCCUAUCGGUUGGGCACUGCAUUUUGUGAAUGUUCCCCCUAUUGUUGUUUUCGUUACAACGUUCCUUGCUAUUAUUCCUUUAGCUGCCUUACUUUCAUUCGCGACGGAAGAAUUAGCUGUCCGGGUCGGCGAAACCCUGGGCGGCCUGCUCAAUGCGACACUUGGAAAUGUGGUUGAACUGAUCGUUGCUAUCAUCGCUCUCGCACAGUGCAAAUUGACUGUUGUCCAAUCGUCUCUCAUUGGGUCUAUCCUUAGCAACCUAUUGCUUGUCUUGGGAAUGUGCUUCUUUGCGGGCGGAGUCAAAUACUCUCAACAAGAAUUUCUGGUUACACCCUCUCAAAUCAACAGCGAACUGCUCUUUCUCAGCGUGGUGGCAGUUCUUCUCCCUGGAGCGUUUAAUUUUGCCGUACAAAGUAGCAACAACAGUGACAACAAUCCAAACGACGACGUUUCAGCAAGCGUGCUUGGCGCCGAUAUUCUGAAAAUGAGCCACGGAGUGGCCGUCAUUCUCCUCUUCAUCUACAUAUGCUAUCUUGUCUUCACGUUGUGGUCUCAUGCGUCUAAUUCUGCCGAACAGGAAGAGCAGACAUUGCAGAUGAACGUUCCUGUCACGUUCGCACUGCUGAUAAUAGUCACCAUUCUCGUUGGAGUCACGGCCGAGUUCCUAGUGGAUUCUAUUGACGGCGUCACUGCGACUGGCGGGAUCAGCGAGGAAUGGGUUGGCCUUAUUCUGCUCCCGAUCGUCGGUAAUGCCGCCGAACAUGUCACGGCUGUGACGGUUGCUAUGAAGGACAAGCUGGAUCUGUCGAUCGGAGUUGCAGUUGGAUCAAGCAUUCAGAUUUCAAUCUUCGUCAUCCCGCUUACCGUUGUGCUUGCUUGGAUCAUGAAUAAACCGCUCACAAUGCUGUUUGAUCCAUUCGAAAGUGUCGUUUUACUGCUGGCAGUUUUGACGGUCAACUACACGACUCAGGACGCGAAAAGCAACUGGUUGGAAGGAAUGGUGCUCAUGAUGCUCUAUGUCAUUGUUGCGGUCUCUUUCUGGUUUUAUCCUGGCUACAAUCCCUCUCAAACUCUUAAUCUUGGCUGCUGAAAGAUGGAACAUACGAGCAUAUACACGACACAUUGUAUCAACAUACAUCAACAUACACCAUGCGCAGCACAUCGG